AAUCGGCUGGUCGUCCGGCGAACCCCCACAUGCUUGGGCGGACGCUGAUUUCGGCGAACGUGAAGCGGACGUCUUCCGUCUGUCGCUUCCUUGGUUCUUCCAACAUAUUCUCCAUCUCCGAGAUUACGGUCAAGCCUCAAGAAUCGGUGACACCCGUUUCGUUUCGGCGACGUCUCGUCCGUGACAUAAACUCUCAAACCCACGAAUUGUAUCGCCACCAACAGCGGUUCCCGCGACCUCUCAUGGCUGCUCUGUUGCUCCGGCGGCGAGUCUCGGCUCUGGGUGUCCCUCCCAUUCUCAAAGAUAAUGUGGAGUCGUUUUGGCUGUGGCUGGAAUUGAAGGGCGGAUGUGAAACGGGGGUAAUUAAGACGAGAAGGCACUAUGGAAGCUGUAGCAGCACCAGAAAGUUUGAUUUCACAGACCUGAAAGAUGGAAGUUGCAGCAUUUCCAAGAAGUUGGAUCUCACAGACCUAACUCGUCCUCAUACAUGGUACCCCGUGGCGCGGAAGAAAAGGCGCAUGGUCAUUCUCCAUGUAGGCCCGACUAACAGUGGCAAAACACAUUCUGCACUGAAGCAACUGGAGCUGAGUUUGUCAGGUGUAUACUGCGGUCCCUUGAGGUUGUUGGCCUGGGAAGUGGCUACACAAAUGAAUAAGGCAAAAGUUCCUUGUGAUUUGAUUACGGGACAAGAGAGGGAGGAAGUUGAAGGCGCAAAGCACAAGUCUAUGACAGUUGAGAUGGCUGAUGUUACGUCAGACUAUCACUGUGCCGUCAUUGAUGAAAUCCAGAUGGUGGGAUGUAAGACGAGGGGAUAUUCGUUUACACGAGCACUACUGGGACUUGCUGCUGAUGAGCUCCAUCUUUGCGGAGAUGCAGCGGCAGUUGCUCUUGUUGAAGAUAUAGUGAAAGUGACAGGCGAUGAUCUUGAGAUUCACUAUUAUGAGAGACUUUCUCCUCUGGUCCCACUGAAAGUCCCUCUGGGAUCUUUUUCUGAAAUACAAAAAGGCGAUUGCAUGGUCACCUUUUCCCGUCCUGGAAUUUACCGAUUAAAGAAGCAAAUUGAAAGAGGGGGAGAGCGUCGUUGUGCCGUUGUUUAUGGUUCAUUGCCACCUCAGACUCGAACAAGACAGGCAACCAUGUUCAAUGAUGCAAAUAGCGAAUUCGAUGUUCUUGUUGCUAGUGAUGCCAUUGGAAUGGGUCUCAAUCUGCAAAUUUCCAGGCUCAUAUUUUCAUCGAUGACAAAAUUCGAUGGUCUCGAGUUUCGUGAGCUAACUGUUCCAGAGAUCAAGCAAAUUGCAGGGAGGGCCGGCAGGUAUGGAUCAAAAUAUCCUGUCGGUGAAGUGACUUGUGUUGAUGAAGAGGAUUUACCGUUGCUUCAUGCAGCUCUGAAUGCCCCAUCUCCUACUCUAGAGCAUGCAGGAUUAUUCCCUACCUUCGAUCUUUUACUGAUGUACUCGCGUUUAAACCCACAAUAUGGUUUUCGGCAGAUAUUGGAGCAUUUUCUGGAGAAUGCCAAGCUAUCUGAAAACUACUUCAUUGCUAACUGCGAAGAUAUGUUGAAAGUAGCCGCUAUUGUUGAUGAGAUGCCCCUCGCUUUGCAUGACAAGUACCUUUUUUGUCUCAGUCCAGUUGAUGUGAAUGAUGACAUCUCAACCCAAGGUCUUAUUCAGUUUGCACAGAACUAUGCGAAGAGAGGCAUUGUUCACCUUCGAGAAAUAUUUACUCCGGGGACACUUCAGGUACCAAAAACACAUACAGCAAUGAAGGAACUUGAAUCAAUUCACAAGGUUUUGGAGCUGUAUGUUUGGUUGAGUUUCCGACUGGAGGAUUCAUUCCCUGACUCUGAGGUGGCGGCUUCCCAGAAGGCUAUCUGUGGCCAGCUGAUCGAGGAGUUCCUGGAGAGAUACGGGUCGCAGAUGCUGAGGGGAAAAAAGUUGCCGUUGCGCAAGAGCUCUAGUUCUAUACUCCAGUAAGACGACAUAUUGUAUACUGGAUUGCCACAGUUAGCUCAAGCCUUGGGCUUACACACCUGAUGGAUACUGGGAAAAGAUCGGCGUGUCCUGUAAGAUGCCUUUAUCCCAUCCCACCAGCCUGGUAGAGUUUCAACGAGUAAACCCGCCAAGGACCGAAGAAAAAUGAAAAGAACCUUGGAAAUCUCUCAACCACCCCACCCCCCCCCCCCCCCCCCCACAGAUUAGAUUAGGACCAUAGUGCAAUCAAACAUUACACUGUACACUCGACAUAACAUACGGUCCAACAAUGUGUUUCUAUAGUUGUUUCCUUGGCAACUCUUCUUGCCUUCCAGUGUGUCAUUCCUUAAUUGUUGAGUUAAAUUGUACAUUACUGCUGAUAA